UCUAGGGAAUGUAUGAAAUAUUACGACUAUGAUCGUCCAUUACAUACUUUGUGUAGGUAUAAUAAGGCAUACAACUCCUACGGAUUGUAUAGAGUAUGUCUAGGCUGUGCCUCUACAUUAAAUGGCAGACGAAUAAAAUUAAUGCUCCGCUAGCGAGCCGGUCGGAAUUAGGUCGGCAUGUGACGUCAUCCAGUCACGCCGCUGAGGCAGAAUAAUUCGACGGAUCGAGCAAUCCUGUCUACGUAUUUAAAAUCCUUGGUUACCACCAACAUGACACAACUGAAGUAGAAACUACCAAGAUUUUGAGGUUAUGUCGAAAACAAUUUGAAUUGUUUUAAAUUUAUUAAUUUACGGACUAGUUGAAAUGGAAGCUUUGAAAUAUUCCGUUGCUUGCACGGCACACAAGAAGUCUUCCCUGGUAAAAGUCCACGAUUGUAAAAUUUGCCCAUACGUUACAACAUCGUUUUUUCUGAUGAUGAACCACACUCGCCGUCAUCAGUCACCCUUGACAUCUUUUACCUGCGAAAACCCCCUUGAUUCUUACCAUUGCAAAGACUGCGAUUUUCAAACCGAUCUAACGUUACUCUUCAAGCAACAUAUUAAAGACCGUCAUGGAAUUAAACAAGAAAACGACGACGAUUUGAUUAUGCAACACAACAAUCAAAAGCACGUUUGUGGAAAGUGCGGCUUUGAGACGCAUUUUUCGCUUAAAUGGUUACGUCACAUGAAAGAGUGUAAGCGACGUUCUUAUAAAACUACAGAAAAAUCAGAUUGGAAACAGCAUAUUCAGCGGCAUCAUGGAGAUGAAAAAGACAUCAAGUGGUACAAAUGUGAAAAGUGCGAAUACAAACACAAAUAUCUCUCAUCUUUAUACAGACACGUAAAAAAGCGGCAUCUAGACAAGUGGCUCCAUUGCACUUUGUGUUCUUACAGGACCGUAGACAAAUUUGAUUUGAAAAAGCACCUUAACAGACGACAUGUUGAUGACUUUGACCCUAAAUGGUACAAAUGUGAACAGUGCUCAUUUAGAUAUAAACGCAAGAUAUAUUUGACGAGACACGUGAACUUUUUUCAUAUGGACGAAAAAGACGCCAAAUGGUACGAAUGCCAACAUUGUCCGUACAAGACUAGUGAUAGUUCGAACUUAACGAGACACGUGAAAAGCAAACAUUUUAAUGGAAAAAGUAUCACGUGGUAUCAGUGCAACAAAUGUUCAUUUAAAACAAAACGCGAGGAGGGUUUACAGAAACACGUGGACGCGUCGCGUUUGAACGGACAAUGUGAAAACGAUGCCAAGUUGUUUCAAUGCCAUAAUUGUCCAUACAAGACUAGAAAUCGUUCGAACUUCUGGAGACACGUGCAGUUGCAGCAUUUGAGAGGGGAAGAUGUCACGUGGUAUCAGUGCGAGGAGUGUCCAUUUAAAUCAAAACAGUUGGCGCUUUUACGGAAACACGUGAACUUUUGUCAUUUGGACGAAAAGGAUAUCAAGUGGUACGAAUGCCAACAUUGUCCAUACAAGGCUAAGGAUAGUUCGAACUUAAUAAGACAUGUGAAAAACAAGCAUUUUAAUGAGAAAAGUAUCACGUGGUAUCAGUGCAACAAGUGUUCAUUUAAAACACAUCUCGAGAGGACUUUACAGAAACACGUGGACGCGUCGCGUUUGAACGGACAAUGUGAAAGCGAUUCCAAGUUGUAUGAAUGCCAUAAUUGUCUAUACAAGACUAGAAAUCGUUCGAACUUCUGGAGACACGUGAAGUUGCAGCAUUUGAGAGGGGAAGAUGUCACGUGGCAUCAGUGCAAGGAGUGUCAAUUUAAAACCAAAUAUAGAUACCUUUUACGGAACCACGUGAAUGUGCGACAUUUGAGAGGGGAAGAUAUCACGUGGUAUCAGUGCGAGGAGUGUCCAUUUAAAACCAAAUGCAGGAAUGGUUUACGGAAACACGUGAAUGUGCUGCAUUUGAACGGACACGGCCUUAAAUGGUACAACUGUGACAAGUGCCAGUACAAAGCUCGGGUUCGCUCAUAUUUAAACAAACAUAUAAAGACGCGGCACUUGGACGAAGACGAAAUCAAGUGGCACCAGUGCAAUGAGUGUCCCUUCAGGAGCAAAGCAAAAAGAAAUUUGACAGUACACAUUAAGGCACGACAUGUGGACGACCAAAACGCGUAAUGUUACAAAUGCAAACAGUGCCCAUUUAAAACUAGGUGUUACAAAUCUCUAAUCAAACACGCGAACGCUUAUCAUUUGGACGAAAAGGACCGCAGGUGGUACGAAUGCCAACAGAGUGUCAUACAAGUCUAGAGAUCGUUCGAAUUUAAAGAGGCACGUGAGAACCCAUCAUUUGAAUGGGAAAAUUAUUAGUACAUGAACUGUCCACUUAAAACAAAACGAACAAACAAAAAUAUGAGGUGACGCAACAUGCAGUAAAGUAACGCUUAGAUGCAAAUGAUAUACUACUUUCAAAAUUAACAACAAAAGUAAUUUGAAUAACCAUGUGCGUAAUCCGAAUUUUACAUGUAGUAGUUCAGUUUGUUUUUGUAAUGUUCUUUAUUAAAAUAUAUAUAAACCGCCCUAAAAAACUUAGGGAUAUUUAAAUUUAUUCAGCUUAAGCCCAUUUCG